AUGAAUGAUAAUUUAUUCGGGAAGGCGAUGCUUGAGGGAGGGAUAAGUUUGCAAAAAAAUGCCAAAAGGGCUAUGCACACCUUGAACAACCCUUUAUCCUAUUAUUUGGGAAAAUUAAAAAGUCUGUAUAGUGUGGAUGGAAACAUUGAGAGGGAACAAGUUUGGAACAGGAAUCAUAGUGUUAACACACCCAGGAGGAUCAUGGAGGAGUAUCAGAAUAGACUGUUUUUCUACUACAUCAUAGGGGAUAAAUUGCCGCACUCACGUCAUGAUUCUCUUAUAAAUGUAAUUCAAUUUGCGUUUAUCUUAUUUAUAAAUGAGCUAGUUACUAUGGAGGAUCAUCACUUAAAUAGAUGUGAACUGGAGUCAGGAACACUCAGGAUGGAGGCCCAGGGAUGA